CAUGGCGAAGAGCUACGACUACCUGUUCAAGCUGCUGCUGAUCGGCGACUCCGGGGUGGGCAAGACGUGCGCGCUCUUCCGCUUCAGCGAGGACGCCUUCAACGCCACCUUCAUCUCCACCAUCGGCAUCGACUUCAAGAUCCGCACCGUCGAGCUGGACGGCAAGAAGAUCAAGCUGCAGAUCUGGGACACGGCCGGGCAGGAGCGCUUCCGGACCAUCACGACGGCCUACUACCGAGGGGCCAUGGGUAUCAUGCUGGUAUAUGAUAUCACUAAUGAGAAAUCCUUUGAAAAUAUUCGUAACUGGGUCAGGAAUAUUGAAGAGCACGCUUCCCCAGAUGUAGAAAAAAUGAUCCUUGGAAACAAAUGCGAUAUGAACCAGAAGCGGCAAGUGUCCAGGGAGCAAGGAGAGAAGCUGGCCCUUAGUUUUGGAAUUAAGUUCAUGGAGACCAGCGCAAAGGCAAACAUUAAUAUAGAGAACGCAUUUUUUACUCUUGCAAGAGACAUCAAAGCAAAGAUGGACAAGAAACUGGAAGGCAACAGCCCCCAAGGCUGCAGCCAGGGUGUAAAGAUCAGCCCGGAGCUACAGAAGAAAAGCAGCAUUUUCCGAUGUGCCCUACUCUGAGGGGUGCAGCCAUAGCAUGGCUACCUGGACUGACUCGACUACCUGGACUGUUCUUGCUUGCAGGGGCUUCCUCUUU